AGAGCUAAGAGUGAGAGGGACAGAGUGAGGAGCCGGGGAGGGAGAACGAGAGGUGACGGCUCGGACCAGCUGUGCUGCUCCCUCCUCUCCUGUGUCGCUUGUUCCUGUAGUCAGCCAGUGCUGCUCACGUCGGUACAGCAUGACGGAGCCGCAGUCCGCGCUCCUGCUGCGGAGGCAGCUCGCAGAACUAAAUAAAAACCCAGUAGAAGGCUUCUCGGCAGGUUUAAUAGAUGACAAUGAUCUAUACCGGUGGGAAGUUCUUAUUAUUGGUCCUCCAGACACACUAUAUGAGGGUGGUGUAUUCAAAGCACAUCUUACUUUUCCAAGGGAUUAUCCCCUACGGCCGCCUAAAAUGAAAUUUAUAACAGAAAUCUGGCACCCGAAUGUUGAUAAGAAUGGCGAUGUGUGUAUUUCUAUUCUUCACGAGCCUGGAGAGGAUAAAUAUGGCUAUGAAAAACCAGAAGAGCGCUGGCUUCCUAUUCAUACAGUGGAAACUAUAAUGAUCAGUGUCAUUUCUAUGCUAGCAGAUCCCAAUGGAGACUCCCCAGCCAAUGUAGAUGCAGCAAAAGAGUGGAGAGAAGAUCGUCAUGGAGAAUUUAAGAGGAAAGUUGCCCGCUGUGUAAGAAAAAGCCAAGAGACUGCUUUUGAGUGACAUUUAUGCAGCAGCUAGUAGCUUCACAAUUUCAGGGUCUCCAUUUGAGAAACAAGGCACUGUUUUUCCUGCACUCUACCCACCUUUUGCUGGACUUUUUGUUGUAAUUAGUUGGCAAGCACUGGCUGGCACCGGGGUUGCAAUAAAACAUGCCAGUUAUCAAUGCUGACAAGAGCCUAAAAAGUGCCAACUUGAAGGUGAUUUUCGCAUUUCAAAAAUCUAACGAACUGCUUUAAACUUCAGGAAGAAUUGUACAGACCUGUACAUAGCACAACAUGAUCCGGAUAAUAUAUAUAAUGUUCAUGUACAUCCAUAACUACACAUUGUACCAAAUAAUGCUUUCUUGUUAGGAAACCAAUAAUGUAACGUCUGAGAAUGCAAACUGAACAAGAAAUGAAGGAAGAGUGUUUGUACUCGGGGUUUGCCAGUCUUCUGUUCACCCUAUUUGCCAGAUUUUUUGUUUUUCACCCCCUUCUAGAUUGUAAAAAAAAGUGAGCAGAAGGGACCGUAUUUGAGCAGUGCAGGUGCCCUCCUGGCAAGUGCUCAUGAAGUCUUUCAAAUGUAUCUUUCUUAUGCUCUCCAAACUGAAAUAGUUCUUUCUAUGCAGAAAAGCCCUUUGGUGGUCUUGUAGAUAAAACUGUAAAUGUUGGUUUUAAUUUUUCUGUGCAGCAGGAUUUUAGAAUUCCCCUUCCAAAUGUUCGCCCAUCUUAUUGACUUUUGGCAUCACAAGCUAAUGACUAAUGUCCUGAAAUAUUUGGUCACUGCAGGAGUUUAGUUACUUUUUUUUUUUUUUUUGGUGAUAAUCCAUAUUUAACCCCUAAGGGGAGUAUGGUAACGAAACUUCUGAAGUGCCUCAUCUCCCAGCAAAUGUUAGGUGAACCCCUGG